GAUGGCGGUUAAUACUAAGAAAGUAACAUCUAUAUAUCUUCAAUGUAGAUAGAAACAUAUGAAUAACUAAUAGACGAUACAAUCCAAGUGAUACUUUAUUGAUAUCAAAUUCAUUAUAAAUUAUUACGGAUUUUAUAAUUAUUAUUAUAUUAUAUAUGAUAUAAAUUAAUAAGUUUAAAAAAUGGCACAAGAAGUAGAAGAAACUAUGAAACGCAUUCAAUCACAUAAAGGAGUAGUUGGAACAAUUGUAGUUAAUGGAGAAGGUAUCCCAAUCAAAUCUACAUUGGAUAAUACUACCACAGUUCAAUAUGCAGGAUUAAUAAGUCAACUGUCAGAUAAAGCACGCUCUGUAGUACGAGAUUUGGAUCCAACAAAUGAUCUUACUUUCUUACGUAUUCGUAGUAAGAAACAUGAAAUUAUGGUUGCUCCAGAUAAAGAAUUUAUACUCAUAGUAAUACAGAAUCCAGUUGAUUGAUAACCAAAAAUUAAAAUAUAAAAUAUUAUAUGCUUUGGUAA